AUGGCGAAAACCAAUGGAGUUAUUCCGACAAUAGACUUGGGAGAGGUUUCAGCCGAGAUCCUGAACCAAAAAAUCCGUGAAGCGAGCGAGAGAUGGGGAUGCUUUAGGGUGAUCAACCACGGAGUUCCAUUGUCUUUGAUGUCUGACAUGAAGAAGACCGUUAUGGAUCUCUUCGAACGUCCCUACGAGGUGAAAGUGCGUAACACCGAUGUGUUACUAGGGAGUGGUUACAGGGCUCCUAAUGAGAUUAACCCUUAUUACGAAGCGUUGGGUCUCUACGAUAUGGCUUCUCCUCAGGCUGUUAAUACCUUUUGUGACCAGCUCGAGGCUUCUGCAGAUCAAAGGGAGAUUAUGGUGAAGUAUGCGAAAGCUAUUGAUGGACUUGCUAAAGAUUUAGCGAGGAGGUUAGCAGAGAGCUACGGCCUGGCCGAGACCAACUUCUUCAAAGGGUGGCCGAGCCAGUUCCGGAUCAACAAAUAUCAUUUCCAACCCGAAACUGUCGGGAAACUCGGUGUUCAGCUACACACUGAUUCAGGCUUUUUGACGAUUCUUCAAGACGACGAAAACGUCGGUGGGCUUGAAGCGAUGGACCAUUCUUCGGGAACGUUCUUUCCCAUAAGCCCAUUGCCGAACACGCUUGCUAUCAACCUCGGGGACAUGGCUGCAAUAUGGAGUAAUGGGAGGUUGUGCAACGUGAAGCAUAGAGUACAAUGCAAUGAAGCAACAAAGAGGUUUUCUAUCGCUUCUUUUUUGUUAGGACCGAUGGAUACGGAUUUGGAGCCGCCAAGUGAGUUUGUGAAUGCUGAACAUCCGAGACUGUACAAGGCUAUUAGUCACGACGGGGUACGGAAUAUUAGAAUGACUACGAAGUUGCAUGAUGGAGAGGCUCUCAAGCUUAUAACCUAUGAUGAAUGAUAAGACUUUAAUGACCUGAAAAGCUUUAGUAUUCUUGGUUAAGUUUCUUUUAAGAUCAAUAAAUAGAGAUGCAUCCUCUGUAUUGAUAUCUAUAGAUGCAUCCUCUGUAUUGAUAUCUAUGGAUUUUCGCAAUAUAUAUGAAUAAUUUUUACAUUGACAUAUUUGUGGAUGUUUAUAUAAUGUAAUUUGUGAAGGCGAGUGAGAGAUGUGGAUGUUUCAAG